CAGACUCCAAUCACCACUCCCCAAACAGAAAAAAUUGCGCCAAACCCUUAAAUCACAAACCAACCGACAUCAACCAACAAGAACAAAACUAGGGUUUUUAAAACUUUCUUUUUUUUUUCCAAUUUUUGUAGCAGAAAUGGAAAAUUCGACUACAAAUCGGAAGAAAAACAAAGGCAAAACCAAAUUCCAAAGUGUAAAUAUCAUAAGAGACAAUCAACCUCUCAAAUUCCGCCAAAUUACAAGUAAUAACGACGAAGACGACGCUUUAAAUCACGACGAUGACGUUAUUUGGGAAGAUGGUUGUAUUCCAUCUUCUUCCAUUUCUAACAACAACAACAACAUUAAUGUUGACAACGUUGCUCAAAAUAAAGGGGUUACUAUAGAAUUUGACACAUUGCCAGAUUUAUCUAAGAAGAAGCGUAUUCGAAGAGCUACUGCAGAAGAUAAGGAAUUUGCGGAGAUUGUGCAUAAAGCUCAUUUGCUCUGUUUGAUUGCAAGAGGGCGGUUAGUUGAUGCUGCGUGUGAUGAUCCUCUUAUUCAGGCUGCGUUAUUCUCACUUUUACCACCACAUUUACUGAAGAUAUCAGAAGCUACCAAACUUACUGCUAAUGCCCUUUCUCCUCUCGCCUCUUGGUUCCAUCAGCAUUUCCAUGUAAGAAGCCCUAGCAGUGCAGACAAACCGUUUAAUUCAGCUUUAGCAUCUGCUCUUGAAGUUCAAGGAGGGAGUCCUGAAGAGGUUGCUGCGCUGUCUGUUGCACUAUUCAGAGCUUUGAAUUUUACAACAAGGUUUGUGUCAGUUUUGGAUGUAGCAUCCUUGAAACCAGAAGCUGAUGGAGAUGAAGCAUCUCAUUUUGAGAGCAGCAGGGAGAGGAAAGAUAUCUUUGACUCUUCAACACUAAUGGUUAGUAAAAUAAACACAGAUUGGAUAAGUUCUAUGAAAUUAUCUGCUUCCAAUGGAAAGAAUAUCUAUGAUACUUCUGGUACCUCAGUUUCUGGCACCAAGCGGGGACAAUUGCCAGCGAUAACUGAAGACAAAGAUUCGCUUGCUUAUAAUCAGUUGAAAAAGUCAGAUCAACCAGUUUCUGAGACACGAAAUGCUUCUGAUGAUGACAAGUGUCAGAGGAGGAAAGGAGACUUGGAAUUUGAGAUGCAAUUGCAAAUCGCUAUGUCUGCCACAGCUCUGGAAGCCCCUAAAAGGAAACCUGAAGCAUCUUCAAGUGGCUCACCUAGUAGUCCCUUGCAUUCGCUUUCACCCUUGAAAAAGAUAAAGAGAAUUAAUGAAGAAUCCCCUUCAUCCUCUCAUGUUAUAUCCACUGCAAUUGGAUCAAGAAAAGUAGGAGCUCCAUUAUACUGGGCAGAGGUUUAUUGCAGUGGUGAAAACAUGACAGGGAAGUGGGUCCAUGUUGAUGCUGUUAAUGCUAUAGUGGACGGUGAGCUGAAGGUAGAGGCUGCAGCUGCUGCAUGUAAGAAGUCUUUGAGAUAUGUUGUUGCCUUUGCUGGACUUGGAGUUAAAGAUGUCACCCGCAGGUACUGUGCAAAGUGGUACAAGAUAUCACCAAAAAGAAUUGAUUCAGAAUGGUGGGAUGCUGUUUUAGCUCCAUUGAAGGAGUUGGAAUCCCGUGCAACUGGUGGAAUGGUCCCUUUACUUAAUCAGGAUAUUAAGUCCACAAAUAUGAUUGAGGAAGGAAAAUCUAACGAGCUAAAUCAGGGGCGUACAUUGGGAAAGAGUAGCUUUUCAGAGAGUUGUGUAAAUGUCGGUAAAGAUCGUCAAAAAUCUUCUACCCGAAGUCCGUCCUUUGAUUGUCGGAGCACUCUCGAGGACAUGGAGUUGGCAACAAGGGCGUUAACUGAACCUCUUCCUACCAAUCAACAGGCUUAUAGAAACCAUCCACUGUAUGCUAUUGAAAAAUGGCUCACAAAGUAUCAGAUUCUGUAUCCAAAAGGUCCCAUACUUGGUUUCUGUUCUGGUCACGCAGUUUAUCCUCGAACUUGUGUGCAAACACUCCACACAAAAGAAAGAUGGCUUCGUGAGGGGAUGCAAGUCAAGGAAAAUGAGCUUCCCUCAAAGGUGGUAAAGAGUAGCUCUAGGAAUCGUAGAGGACAGGCUAUCGAAGGGGAGGAUUUAAGUGAGGGUGGAUCAGAUGGAGUCGUGUCUCUUUUUGGAAGGUGGCAAACGGAACCCUUGUGUUUACCCCCUGCUGUGGAUGGAAUUGUGCCUAAGAAUGAGCGUGGUCAAGUGGAUGUUUGGUCUGAGAAGUGCCUCCCUCCUGGCACUGUUCAUCUGCGAUUCCCGAGGUUGGUUCCUGUUGUAAAGAGACUUGGGAUCAAUUUUGCUCCUGCUAUGGUUGGAUUUGAAUUUCGAAAUGGACGCUCAGUUCCUGUAUAUGAAGGCAUUGUGAUCUGCACUGAAUUCCGAGAAGCAGUUCUAGAGGCAUAUGCAGAAGAGGAGCAUAGAAGAGAGGAAGAAGAAAGGAAGUGGGAGGAGAGGCAGGCACUUUCUCGGUGGUACCAACUUCUUUCAUCUAUGGUUAUACGGCAAAGGUUGAACAAUACUUACAUGAACAAUUUAGAAUCAGAAACUGUUGCUGAACCCUCGAAGUCUCAGAAUAAAGUUUCAUGUACUGGCACCGAAAAUGUCAAUCAAAGUACUGCACCUCACCAAGAAACUGUAAGCGCAACUAACAGGUUCGACACGCAAAGUCACGAGCAUAUCUUUUUGACGGAUGAGGAGAGUUAUGAUGAGGGCAGUGUGACACGAACAAAACGAUGUCGUUGUGGAGUAUCAAUUCAGGUAGAAGAGCUAUAGCUCUAGGUUUUCACUUUGCAGUAACUUAUUGUUAUAAAUAUGCCCGAUCACUUGGUGGCCGUGGUCAAUGGUUAGUCAGGUUGGGCGGUCGGAUAACAGCUUUUGAAGCCAGUGUUCUCUCUCUCUAAUGGGGGAGAGGACCAUGGGAAUUUUGUAAUUAUCAAAAUGGUCAGGAUCCUAGGGAAUUUUGAAGCUAUCAUGGUUUUAUUUGUAACCAGCGUAUAAAUUUGAUGGAUGUAUUCUAUUGAGAUA